GUUUUGUCAAAAAUUUAGUGUAAACACAGAAUUUACGACAUCAAGUAAAUUUGAAAUCAUUUGUCUUGUUUAUUACUUACUAAAUGUUAAUAAUAAUAUUUUAACGAUAGAAUAGUUGUAUUUUAAGGUGUCCCACCCCUAAGCAUAGGUAUAAACUAACCAAGCCACUUGUUUAAAAGGAAUUGGGUGUUGGGAAUUGGUCUCACAAGUCUCAAGAAUAUUGUAAAAUAUAAACAGUGUCCAGAAUCACAACAAUGAACAUGUUUGGGUUGAGUGUGUCUACGAAUAUGGAGGUGCCAUAUCUACUGUCGGCGUUUCCAUCACCGGACUUUGGACCAGGAGUGGAGUAUCCGAAUUAUAAACAGUUUUAUGAUACAACACCACAAUAUAACAGGACGACGAUGGGCUACGAACAACCUUCAAUGAACUUUGAAAAUAUGUCAGCUAACUUUAAAACGCCUGCAAGGACUUAUGAAGAUUCCAAUGAAGAAGAUUAUGUUCCUUCCAAACAGGAAACCAGUGGGAAGUCUACACAAUCUGCCGUCAAAUCAGCAGUGUCUGAAAACCGUACCAUUAGAAGUAAUGGUAAUUCCACUCAGGCUUCGAAUUUACAUGAAAGAGCCUUACAAAACAAAAAUGAUUACAAUGCUCCUGCAGUUCAGAAUUCUAUUAAUAUUGGUGGCAGUUCCACUCAACCUUUUGAUUUAUAUGCGAAGGCAAACAAUUACUACAGCCUUGAACUUCAAAAUUAUUCCAACAUCAAAUCAGCAACUAUUACUAGCAGCUCCGCUAACCCAAUACAAGGCCGGUCAGGCCUUGGAGGUCCUCCUAUGAGUUCGUCAAGCUCCACAUCUAACCCAACACGUCCAAUUCCCCAAUACGCACCAACAGCUGGAUUAACAUUGGAUGUUUCUAAAACAGGAAAAGCUCUUGCACCUCCCUCACCUCCAAACACACCAUACUCAGCUCUGAGCAUGCUGGGCAGCAUCGCCAAAGGGCAAGGCUCGCAAUCUUGCAUCGACGAAAACCUCCUGCCUCCGUUUCCGGACUUGUUUGCCACCCAACCAGUUCUCUAUCACCCCCUUUGGGGAACGUUCCCUUCUGCUGCCAUGAACAGGACUAGCCAGGUGCAAGGAAGUGGUGCCCACAAGUAUAAAACUAUCCAACCAAGAUAUGCUCCCUAUUAGUUGGAUUUCAUCCAAAAAUUAUUUGUUGGUUGUGUUUACGUGACUGCUGUACUCCGGAUAUUCAAUUUAUUUUUACAACUGUGACUUUUUUACAAUUGUUUUAUUGUAAUUUAUUAAUAAAAUUCCUGUCGUUUUAA